AUGGUAAAGAAGAAUAAGACGAAGAUAGAGGUGCCGAUGGUGAUGGGCCCGUUAAGUUCUUACUUUCUAUCAUAUCGUCCUAGUGUUCAAGGGCUAUUGGAAAUGAAAUUAAAUGUAGACGAAAAGCACUAUGAGCUUUUUAUUAUUGAGAAGACGCUAGUGACGCUAUUUAUGACGCGAUUUGGGAAUGGCGUUUUGCAUUUGCUGUAUCGAUUAUCUGGCGGCAGUAUUAAAUUCACGAAGUAUAAGCGUUUGUUGAAGCUUCGACUAAAUAUAAAAGGUUGGAAAGCAUGUUAUAAAGAUUGGGGAUCUCGACUGGAUAUAUUAUCUGAAUUUCUGGAUUUCUGCUUGCAGAAUGACAGUUGUUCUUUGGAUUACACCGAAUAUGCUAUGGUUUCAAGAAAGAUACCCCUUCAAUUUUUGCUUUCUGAGGAGUUGCGCCCAGCUAUAGUUGAUGAAAAGUAUAACUUGCUUUUGGACUAUAUUUUUCAUAGUCGGCCGCUAUGGGAAGCGUUACUAAUACAGGGGAUUCCGAAACUACUACCGGAUUUGAUUGACAGUUAUAAUAGGAGUUUUGAGUUCAAUGGCUACUACAAUUGGUAUGGUAACGUGGAGGGUUUAGAUGAGAAGCCGGUAGCUCUCACGAAAGAUCUAUACAUAAAAUUUUUCUACAUGCUUUUUGGUAAGUUGACCGUCACACGGGAUUUACUACCGAAGUUGAAUGCAACAGUCUGGAGUCAAUCAUGGCCUCCAGCAUACACGAAGCAUAGCAACUCUGACUAUUCGCAUGACGAAGAAGACUAUGUUGAAUUGGAUAUGGAUCUUGAGAGUGAUCAUUGGCUGCAGCAUAAGAUUACGUCCAAAAAGCAGGUGUACACAUUCGAGCUUAAUAAAGAUGGAAAUAUAGAGUUUCCCAAUGUGUUCUUGCAUGCUAAAAAAAGACACGAGACAUUGUAUAAGAUAUUGGGGCUUCCAGAUGUGGAAUCCCCCCUUUUGAAGGCCCAAUUUAUGACCAUAUGUGCAUUUGUUGAUCCAAUAACACAGCCGCCACCUACAGAUGAACAUAUAAUAUCCAUAGACCUGAUUUACCAAAUGUUCUUGGGAUCAUUAUAUGACAUGAUAAACGAAACAUGUAUUGAGAAGAACCAGGACUGGAAAUUUCAUAUCUGCCAAAACAUGCAAAAAAUUAUACUGGCAACGAUGAGGAGGCUGAAUUGCCACGAUGGACGUUUAUUGAAUUCAGUGAAUAAUAGUGAUGAAUCUGUACACUGGAAUGUCAACCUUGAUAGAUGGACUCCUAGGGGAUUUAACACACAGGACCUGGAAUUAUUGUAUAUGGUUAGUAUGAUUGCCAUAUACACCAUAUACAAGUUGUACUCGCAUUUACCCAUUCAAAUGAAUCCAUAUUUGCCAUUAAGUUUCCACUUGUGGAAGAAUUUGACGAAUGUACUACUUUUAGGACUUGAAAUUGAUAGAUUAGAAGAAGAGCGUGAAACGUUUAACACACCUAUAUUAGUCCGUGCUACUAUUAGAGGGUCAGCAGCUUUGAGAAGUGUUGUUGCUACGAUGAUUAAUGAACAUUUUACCGUAAAAGAGCAUGACUUUAAGCAUGAGCCAAUAAAUCUCUACAUGUCCCCUCAUGGUAGAAAAAUAUGCCAAGGUGCAUUAUACGCAGACGUGAGGUCGCAUGCUGCUGCUAUGCUCGCUUUGGGGGUAGAGUUAAAUGAUGUAACUGACUUACUAAGUGAUUUACAACCAGGCGACAGAUUUGAUGCUGAUGUAAGAUAUAUGUUUGACUACGAGUAUGAUGACUACAAUGCGAUAGAUCUAGAGAAGUUGUAUGAUGAAAACCAACAGGACCUCGAAAGGCUCGAAGAAAUUCAGCAACGGGAGCGCAUUAAGGAUAUGAGAGGUUAUUAUAAACGUUGUCAUUGUGUGUUCGACGACGAUGAGCUGUUAUCAGAUGAUGACGAAAUGGUAGAUAAUAACGCCGGUCUCAACCGGUCCAUCAAGCUUGUAAACCCUUUGAAACCGAAUUCAAUGCUAAGUUCAGGAGAAGGAAAUCCUCUUCAGAAGUUCGCAGUCCGCAGUGAUUCUGUUGAAUUCGAUUUUAAUGGAGUGGAUUGGAGAGAUAUUCCACGUGGAAAUAACUUUUAUUACUUGGAGAAUUACACUUUUGUUAACAAACUACAUUCAGAUCUCGUCUACUAUUUAAUGAAAGAGGCCACAACAAAAAAGUUAGAACCCAAUCAGACAUCAUUUUUGCUUCGGAGUAUAGCAACAUGUGUCAGAGUUGAGCAGGAAAAGACAAUGGUUUACAAUUUAGUAUCAGAUCCAAAAGAUGAUACCCUAAUGGAGAAUGCUGGCUCUUCAAAAGUUCUAACUAGUGACUUCAUAUACGAGAAGUGGUGCGAAAACUCCCUUUUCGAAAAGAUGAUGUAUUAUAAUAACAACUUAGUCUGGAGGAUGAUGGACGAAAUGCUAAUGUGCAGCGGAUAUCGUAGAGUUUUAAUUUGGUUCAUCACACAUUUAAAAGUAUCGCAUUCAAUGAUCCAUUACAUAUAUGAGUUAGUGAUGGGAUUAAGAGGCAAUUUUUCUGUGGAAGAAAAAGCAGACUCUACGGAGCACUUUAAUUUAGAUAUAUUAGAUUCCUUACCGCUAGGCUCUAAUAACUUCUCAGUUGAUGUGCCAUUUUCGAGACAAGGCGCAAUAGAACUUUCUAAAAUUGAGACUGAUAUGCUGCUUCAAGAGUUUUUUGUUAAUGCAGCAAUCUUUUUUGCAAAUAAACUAAGAGGUCCACUUUCAGAUGAUGAGGAAGACCUAGGUAAUGAGUCAAAUGAAGGUUCAGAUGACGGUAACAGUAGUAGUGAAAUAAUUAACCCGGACGAUAGCGUUCAGAGUAAAGAAACGCUAAAGGUUUCGUCUCGUGUGGUGGGUCUCAUGAGACUGGUAUGCUUUAUGGUUGAUAUACUAAUUAAAAAGAAUAAAUUUAACUUUUCCGACUCAGAAUAUAUAUUUGAGCUACAGACGCUAUUAAUGGAUUGGAUAGGUAUAGUUCCCGAGGCGUGUGAUUUAUUCUUCAAGCUAAAAUCAUCUAUAGUAGAAGCUUCAAGCGAAACUGGGACUCGAGGUAUAGAUGACAAAUUGGAACCGACAGACGAAAACAGAGGUGCUAAUGAACAAGAAGGAGCUUCGGAAAGUGAAGAUAUAAACCAGGAUGGUUUUGAAACCCUUGAGAAGCCAUUGAGCUCGAAUUUAUCGUUAUACAAUAAAUUGCUCCUUGCAUUACUUCCACCACGGUUUGAAAAUGAAAAUUCAGCAAUAACUGCCUUGAGGAGUUUCAUCAGAAAACAUUCUCUAACUGAAAAGACGGCUGUAUUCGGAAGGAGAGUCAUCUAUCAAGACCAUGCAAUUAUGAAGUUGUAUAUGUCAGAUAAGGAGAUGCAGCAACGUGAGUUUUUGGCUGAAUUCGGAAUUGAUUUUAAUGUCGUCGCUGCCAAGGACGAGGACAACGAUGAAUCUGAUGCGGAAAAUGACAUCGACGGUGACAAUUGUCUGUAA